AUGUUAAUAUUUAUUUAAUUGAUAGUUGGAGUACUCUCAAAUGAAAAAGUGAUAACAUAACAAGUGGCAUUACAAAUGGCCUCACUAAGUUUAGUGGGAACAGACUCAUCCCCAGCAUUCUUAGAAUUUAUAAGUCUUCCUCAUUCAACAUCUCGAAUAACGAUUGACCGAGCUGUGAAAUGGACAUUCAAUGAGGACAUAGUAUUAUCUAUAUCACCUUUGGAAUUCUAUACAUCUGCAGAGAAGGCCUCCUUUCAUUCAUUGAGAAUCCAAGGUAACUUUUACUAUAAAAACCAACCAUAAUGGAUGCUUUGGUGGUAAGAAAACUAUUGGUAAUAGCCAGUAGAUUGGAGUGAUAACUCAAUAUCCACAUGUGGAGGUAUCAGUAUGUUGGGUGGUUAUGGUAAAUUUGCAGGAGGGGAGGUUCAGAAAACCUUUGUUGAAUUGCCUCAACACAGUAAAGUUAGGAUUGUAGCCAAUUAUCAUUUUAUAGAUGGGUGGGGAGGAGAAACAGGGUUCUUAAGAGCCAGUAUAGGUAGAAUGGAUGGAAUGGAAUAUGUUUGGACUGAGAAAUACGAUUAUUCUAAAGUCAAGAAUGGCAUUUCUGUAUGUGGCAGUAGAUAUCCUGAAGGAAAGUUGACUUCAGUAAUUGAUGUUUCAUUCCCGCAUACGAAGGAUACUAUUAAGUUGGGUUUUGGAAGCACCUUAGACAAUGAUCCACUUGAGAAUUCAUUCGGAAUAUCGAAUUUGUAGAUUUACCUGAUCUGA